ACGACAACGUUCAAUAAUAAAAUAUGGUCGGCUUGGUCCAGGAUGAUUUUAAGCCCAUAUACUAGGCCCCAUAAAGACAUUAUUUUCUGUUUUCACUACGCCUUGCUUCACUUCUUCGACCUCGCUCUGUUUCUUUUACGCUUUGCUUCACUUGAGUGUUACGGAUUGGUUUUGUGUGGACCCGUCCGUCCUCACAUGGAAUCUCUUGGUCUUUCACUUCUACGUUUUUUUUCACCGUUAACUCUGAACCGUAAAACAAAACUAACUUUUACUGGAAAGCUCGAUUUACCCUUUUUCCGGUUUAAUCGACGAGUUCAAUUUGUUUCAGUAUGUUUUCGGUUCAUUUUGCUCAAUUUGAUUUUAACCGGUUCAGUAUGUGGACAGUGAAGCUGCGCUGGUUUUCAUAUUUGUUGUUCCAUAUCACUUUUAGUGGAUAUGAGACCUCUUCAACAGUUUCUCCAUUAUUGGUGUAGAGUACUAAAGUGCUGUACCAUUACUAUACGCUUGUGUUCUUCUUUUUUUCUCUCUCUCUCUUUGAGAAAGAUGGGAAACUGUGUAUCGCUAGACAUAUCGUGUGAUCAAACGUUGAAUCACACUUGUGGCUGCUUAUUCGGUGAUGGAAACUACAUUCACACAAUGGAAGCAAACCUCAAGGCUCUGGAGAAAGCUAUGCAAGAACUUGAAGAGAGACGAGAUGAUCUUCGAAGAAGAGUCGUCAUAGAAGAAGAUAAAGGUCUGCAACGGCUUUCUCAAGUUCAAGGAUGGUUUUCAAGGGUACAAUGUGUUGGAUCCCAAGUCAACGAUCUGCUUGAGGCAAAGUCAACCGAAGCUAAAAGAUUGUGUCUGCUUGGAUAUUGUUCUAAGAAGUGCAUAACAAGCUGCAACUACGGUAAAAAAGUUUUGAACAUGUUAAAAGAAGUUGAAGGUCUUCUAGCUAAAGGAGUUUUUGAAGUGGUGGCAGAAAAAAUUCCCGUACCGAAGGUGGAGAAGAAGCAUAUCCAAACCACAGUUGGUUUGGACUCAAUGGUGGAGAAGGCAUGGGACAGACUCAUGAAAGAUGACAAAAGAACUUUGGGUCUUUACGGUAUGGGGGGAGUGGGCAAAACUACACUCUUGGCUUGUAUCAACAACAGAUUCUUUCAAGUGGUUAAUGGAUUCGAUGUUGUGAUGUGGGUUGUGGUUUCUAAAGAUUUGCAAAACGAGGGUGUUCAGGAGCAGAUCUUGAGAAGGUUGUGCCUUGACAAGGAAUGGAAACAAGAAACUGAGAAUGAGAGAGCCUCUCGCAUAAAGACUAUCCUAAACCGAAAGAAGUUUGUUCUGCUGUUGGAUGAUUUAUGGAGUGAGAUAGAUUUGAACAAGGUGGGAGUUCCACCACCAACCGGAGAAAACGGAUCCAAGUUAGUUUUCACCACCCGUUCAAAGGAAGUUUGCAAAGACAUGGAGGUUGAUGAUAUGGUGGAAGUUGUUUGUUUGUCAAAGAAUGAAGCAUGGGAGCUGUUUCAACAGAAAGUUGGAGACAAUCCCAUAAAGAGCCAUCACGAUGUUCUUCCACUCGCAAGAAAAAUUGCUGAGAAAUGUUGUGGCUUGCCACUUGCACUAUGUGUCAUUGGCAAAGCCAUGGCAUGUAAAGAGACUGUACAAGAAUGGCAUCAUGCUAUCAACGUUCUUAGCUCUUCUAGCCAUGAGUUUCCAGGGAUGGAAGAGAAGAUUCUUGCCAUUUUGAAGUUCAGUUAUGAUAGUUUAAAGGAUGAGAAAGUCAAAAUGUGCUUCCUGUAUUGUUCUUUGUUCCCGGAAGAUUAUGAAAUAGGGAAGGAGAAGUUGAUAGGUUACUGGAUUCACGAAGGAUUUCUUGAUGAAAACAUCAACGAAGAUGGAGCUAAGAAUCAAGGUUAUGAUAUAAUCGGUUCCUUAGUUCAUUCCCAUCUACUGAUGCAUGGUGUCCUCACAUUGACUGUGAAAAUGCAUGAUGUGAUACGCGAGAUGGCUCUGUGGAUAGCAUCUAAGUCUAAGGAAACUUUUUGUGCUAGACCUGGUGCGCAUUUACGCCAUAUACCAAAAGACAUCAAGUGGGAGCUUGUGAGAAAGAUGUCUUUAAUGAGCAACCAGAUUACAGAGAUAUCUUGCUGUGCCAAGUGCCCCAAGCUCUCAACCUUGUUACUCCAGAAUAAUAAGUUGGUGGAGAUUUCAGGUGAAUUCUUUCGGUUUAUGCCUGCACUUGUGAUCUUAGAUCUUUCGAGGAACUUCAGUCUUUCUGGAUUACCAGAAGAAAUUUCCAACUUAGGUUCCUUGCAAUAUCUAAACUUAUCAUACACAGGACUCAAAUCGUUACCAGAUGGUUUGAAGAAGCUGAGGCGACUAAUCGAGUUGAACCUGGAGUUCACUCGUGAACUUAAGAGUGUUUCCGGGAUAGCAACAAGUGUUCCAAAUCUUCAAGUGUUGAAACUAUUUUGCUCCAGAGUUUGCGUUGAUGACAUAUUAAUGAAAGAGAUACAAAUCUUGGAGCAUUUGAGGAUUUUAACAGCAACGGUAGAAGAUGUAAUCAUUCUGAGAAGCAUACAAGAAGUGGACAGGCUGGCGAGGAGUAUUAGAAGCUUAUGUCUCAGCAAUAUGUCAGCACCAGUUGUGGUAUUAAACACUAAAGCUCUGGGACGUCUUGAGCGGUUUACAAUAUGGAACUCCAAAAUCUCUGAGAUAAAGAUAGAUUGUGAAAGCAAUGGGAGUCUUCAGUGUCCAAAUUCUCCAGGCUUCAAGCAGCUUUCGGCUGUACAUGUAGCCCGUUUAGAAGGUCCAAAGGAUUUGAUGGUCACAUGGGUAAUGUUUGCUCAAAGUCUCAAGGUUUUAUCUGUGUCAGGUCCAUCAAGUAUAGAAGAGAUACUAAAUAGAGAGAAAGGAAUGAGUAUUAUCAAUGCGCAUCCAAAUAGUGUGGUGGUUCCUUUCGAGAAGCUUGAACUACUUAGAGCAAGUGAUUUGGAUGAACUGAAGUCAAUCUGCUGGAGUGCUCUGGAUGUUCCAAACCUGAGACAGUUUUACUCCCAAGGCUGUCCAAAGCUUCCCGAAGCUAACACCGAGUCUUUCAGACAUGUGGAGAGAGUGGAAAGUGUUUAGAAAGCGGACACAGCCUUUCACCUUCAAGCUUAAGUAUUUGUGACUUCUUAGCUCGAUGUUUUUAUCUACUGUUAGUGUAUUGAUCUUAUUGUUAAUCUCAAGUAGGGCUCAAGGUUGCGUUA